CAUAUCCCACUUUCAAGCGAGAGUGUUUCGUGUGCGCACAUUUCGGUGUGUCGGUAUAGUUGUCCAGAGUGUUAUAGUGUAGUUUUUAGAUGGAGAAUUGUAAAAUUUUCAACUGAAUAAACAUACCUACCUAUCCGCUGAAAGAGGCGGUUAAGUUUUCGUAUUCGUAUGCUUUUUUCAAGUCUAGUUUGAACAGUGGAUGCGUACAGACAUAAUAACCGCGAAAAGUAGUAGAAAAGAAGUUAAAAUAAAAAUAAAAAAUUCGGUUAGCGAUGUGGUGUUGUAGUGCCUGUAAGAAUGUUUAUUAUGAACAGGUUCAAUAAUUGCAUUUUCGUGGAAUAGCAUGCUAGUGCUUGAUGAAUGUUGAAUAAAGUGAUUUGUUUUUCUGAUAUAUUUAUCUCGUUGUAUUAAUCUCAAAGUAAAAGGUGUGGAAGCGAAGAAAGAGAGCUAAAGAGAGAGUGUUACUUACCACGAAUUUCUUUGACAAUUUAAUUUUUUUUUCGUUGUUAAAGGCAAAGAAAAGUAGAAAACAGAAGAAGAAAGACAACUGAACCUCUUGAAGCCAUAAUGAGUCAAAACACAUUUAACGAUCUGUUUAGUGAUGUAGUUAAUAAGCAUGACGACCAUGACGACGAUCAUGAGGAUGAAAGUAAUCCAAUCACAGCCAAAGCCAUAGCAAUGGUAGUCCUAUUUUUAGCCGCACUUGUAGCCGGCUUGGCACCAUUCAAAUUGGCCUCUUGGUUUAAAUUAACCGAUGCCGUUGGAACAGCUCACAAGCGUGCUAGUCUGAUUGUUUCGCUGCUGUUAGCGUUCGGCGGUGGUGUCCUACUAUGCACAACAUUUAUGCAUUUGUUGCCCGAGGUAAAGGAAAAUAUCGAACAGCUGCAGGAAUCUGGUGAUUUGCCCGAGCUUAAAUUUCAUUUUGCCGAGUUUCUCAUGUGCAUCGGAUUUUUCACAAUGUACUUCGUGGAAGAAUUGGUUCAUUUGUACCUGAAUAGGCGGGGCAAAAAUGCACGGUGUGCGGACAAUGCAUUUCAGCGUGGCGUCAGCAUACGGAACAGUACCAUAAUGUCGGCGAAAAAUGCGAAAAACCACAAUGGUGAUAGACACAGCAGUGUUGCCGAUCUGAUAUCCAACGAAACGGAAAGUAGUUUCUAUCAGCCGCACACACACGCACACAUUGUCCCGAAACAAAACAAUCAAAUCAGUUCGAUAUCAGGCCCAAUGACUGUAUCGGACGGUUUAAACGGCCAUCACAACCACAUUCAUCAUGCCCAUUCACAUUUGCCAGAUGUGGCUGAUGAUGAUUUGAUUGUUUCAUCGCUGCGCGGUCUAUUAAUUGUGCUGGCAUUGUCCGUCCACGAACUGUUCGAAGGAUUAGCAGUCGGCCUGGAAGAUACGUCGGCAACCGUAUGGUAUAUGUUUGGAGCGGUUGCAGCUCAUAAAUUAGUAUUAGCAUUUUGUGUUGGCGUCGAGUUGAUUGUGGCUAAGACCCAGAAAUGGCUAGCAUUCGUCUAUGUGUUCACAUUUGCCGCUGUUAGUCCGAUGGGUAUCGGCAUUGGAAUUUUGAUAUCCGGUGAAUCGUCAACCACCGGACUGAUUUCUGCUAUUCUGCAAGGGCUUGCAUCGGGAACACUGCUGUACGUGGUGUUCUUUGAAAUUUUGCAGAAAGGUCGAUCCGGCAUACUGCAGUUCUUUGCUGUGAUUUUUGGCUAUUCGCUAAUGUUUGGCCUCACUUUUAUAACCGGUCACGAACACAGUCAUGCUGAUGGACAUGCUCAUAGUUUCCCAGAAAAUUUACAUGACCUAGUGCUUGACUAUCACAACCAAAAUGAAAAUAAUGCUGACGAUGGAAUUCAAAAGAAAUUGAAUUUGCUGAGAGCUGCUACAGACGAAAUCAAGAACAUUGUGGAGCAUCACAUUCACGAUGACUAAAAUUUGUAUUAAAUUUCGACUGACAUCGUGAGGUUUUACAAUUUCUAUAAUUUAUCUUUUAUUUAAAUGUUUUUAAAAUUAAACGAUUUUAACUUAGCUAGUUUGUCAGACGACGACUUAGGGAUACGAAUAAAAUAUUUUUGGUCAGAGAGAUGUAAAUGAAGCGAAUUGUUGAUAAAAAAAAUUCUAACCGACUGUACACCUUAGGUUGUAGUUAUUUGGAUCAUUAGGGAUGAAACUUGACCUUGACCUUUUUCUUCUUUUUUUUCCCAUAAUGAUCCAUACAACACCUGUGAAGAUCUUGUGUCACUUACAGCAAAGGAAGUAACAGAACUUCAAAAAAAAAGAAUUCAUACAAAAGACUCAAUGAACGAAACUUAGUGAGGCUACGUCUGAAAGUACCGUAACUUGAAGAUGAUCUGUGGACUACAUAAAUCUAUUCUAGAUCAAAUAUGGUAGAUAUGACUGUCCUCAAGUUCUUGUUUUAAUUGGUUGUAGUCUGAUCCGACUACGAGAGCAGCAAUAACACUAGACAAAACAACAAUUUGAAAGCUGUUUAGGUACAUCAUGUCAGCCGCCGAGAGUUGAACAAUAGCUCAAGCUGUAAGAUAGAUAGACGUCGUUUAGGAUACAGUAAACUGACUCACUCCGUAACUUUAAUGAAACUGGGGGAUUGUGGUGAGAGAAGUAUUAUAGUUAAUAUUAGUUACACUUAUUUACGAAUUAUUUACUUAUACGCAAUGUAAUAAAAUAGUUUAAGAUUUUUUUGUUAAAUAAAAUGAAAAGAAGAAAAA